AUGGCUUUAUUUCUAUUGAGCACCCACACAACGAUAUUCAUUGAGUUAAUUUGUUGUGCUAUAGUGUUUGCUUUAGACGUCUCGACCUGUAACUACUAUGUCUACAACCAAAGUGAAGUUCUCAUGUUGCCUCUUGGUAAACAGUUGACAAACGUCGACCUGGUUUCUUGUGGUGGUCAAUGUUUGGUUACAAACACAUGUUUUAGUUUCGCUUACAACAAGGUUACCAGAUCAUGUUUCUUAGGCUCCGGGCUAAUACCAUACAACAACACUGUGGAGUCAUUAAAUACCAAGGUGUACUCUGUUGGAUUAAUACGAAACAGCUCAGCAUUAAACUACGUGACUUUAGGCAAAAACCCGACCUUUGACCCUUUCAAUCCGAAUGUCUACAAAUCAUGUCGUGAUGUCAUCAGCAAUGAACCGAGGAAGGUUGUGACCCUUACAUCCGGGCUAGUCGUCAUGUGUGACACAGUGACAGACGGUGGAGGAUGGACCAUCUUCCAAAGACGUGUGUCUGGGACUGUUAUUUUCUACCGCGGCUGGGAGGAGUACAAACGCGGGUUUGGGGAUUACGGCAUUGGGGAAUUUUACCUGGGCAACGAAAACAUUUUCUCCAUCACCUCUAAAGCUACUCACGAGCUACGGAUUGAUCUAGUCUACAACGGGACCUACUACGCCAAAUACUCCAGAUUCAAACUGUCCAGCGAGACGGAGCUCUACACGCUUUCCAUCUCUGGGUACACCGGCAACGCUGGAGACUCACUGCGUGUACACAACAAUCGGUCCUUCUCCACCCUGGACAGGGACAACGAUGCAUGGGGCGGACACUGCGCUGUGGUGGAUAUUGGAGCGUGGUGGUACAGAAGCUGUCAUGAUUCCAACCUGAACGGCCAAUGGGGAAACACCAACUACGGCCCGGGUCUAAACUGGUUUACACUAACAGGCCACUACAGUAACGUGCAACUAUCAGAAAUGAAGAUGAGAACAAUUGUUUAA